AUGGCGCGCCCCAGAACAGACCAUCUUCUCGAAAAGUACGGAAAACCAGCUUUCACUCCAUCAUUACCUGAUAGUAUCUUCCGCGAGCAAUCCACUCUUGAAUUGAAGGGGCAGAUGCGACGUGACUUCUCAACUUGCACGCCGCUACGUGGCGUAGAGGAGCUUCUGUCGAAGCUUGUACGUGGGAAUAGGAAGCCCGCACGGGAUAUAUAUUUGGUUGCGUUGGAGGCAUUGAAUUCUGCGUUGGGAUCUGAAGAAAAGGCAAUAUUACCCGAGGAAUGUCUGGUCUUUGAGGAUAGUGUGAUUGGGGUAGAAGCUAGGAGACGUGCUGGGAUGAGAGUGGUCUGGGUACCACAUCCUGAUGUGGCGGUUGAGUAUCGGGCCAGGCAGAAGGAUGUGUUGGCUGGGAGGACGGGGAUGAUUGAGAUUGGAGAUGACUGGCAGCUGGAAAGAUUGAUGAUGGGUGGGGGAAAGUAUGGUGGAUUUGGAACACUUCAACUACCAAACAUAUGGCAUUGA